AUGCACAAUUCACUCCGGAUACACAUUCUGCCGCCACAGGCCCACAGUCACUGCCCCCAACAACCCCCAGGGAACCAUGCAACCGGCCUCAACCCCCUUCCGCGUCCUUUUCUCUUUCACGUCUUCUCUGCAAAUUCCAGAAGUUCGCAACCAUCCCAAUCCCAACCCCUACAAUGCAGUUCACAACAAGAAGCUCAAGGAGAAAAAUUCCUCCGGUACGCACCACACAGUGGCUUCAGCAACCAGUUGUCCGAGUUCAAGAACAUUUUAAUAGGUGCGGCUCAGUGUUGUGACGAGGAAACUUUGUGA